GACCCCCCCUGCAUGCCCAUUUUCUAUCCUCUAUUUGAACUAUUUGUAGUGAGAGAGAGAGAGAGAGAGAUGGAAGAAUUGCACGAUAUUGCAAAAGCUCACUAUAAGGCAGGCUCUCAACAUGUUCAGGCUUUAGCAUCUAAAUUCUUCAAUUCAUUGGACAGUAAUAGCGAUGGCCGGAUUGAUCUGGGGGAGUACCUAGAAUUCACGAGUCAGAAAUGUCAUUCCGGGAUUAAUAGUCAUUCCUUUUUCAAGAAGUUAGACAAAAAUAGGAAUGGAUCACUGGAUUUCUGGGAGGUAAUGACUUUAUACUACAUCAUGAAAAGCGGAAGGCCAUUUUGCAGUUUUUGUGAUAACUUUACACCGGGAAUAUUUUUCUCAUGUGUGGGUGUGGGUUGCUCUUUCACCCUAUGCCGUGAUUGUUAUCUGUCUUCUAAAUGUGAUCACAAUCACAAUGGUUACGCUCAGUUUUUGGACACCUACACAUUGCUCCAAGUCAGAGUCGAUUCAGCAAAUCCAACAGGGAUUAAUCAAGACAAGCCAUCGCUAGGAUCAAUUCAUAAUCAGAAGCAGACAUACAGUUCAUACUCUGUACAUCAUCCAAAUCCAGGCCCCAGUGCUUCAACAGCAAUUGUUCCAGCACAUAAAUUGGACAAAUGGAAUGCAGCAUUUAAAGCAUUUGAACUGGCCUUGACCAUUGGAAAUAUCUCUGGCUCUAUGUGUACAAUCUUAUGAAACCAGAUUCUGCUUCAAUAAAUGCCAUGGGGGAACGUACAUUCUCGACAAGGGUUGGAGGAUCUAGAUUCAUGCUGCUUUAAGGGGCUUUGAAGUGUGUGUGUGUGUGUGUGUUUUUUUUUUUUUUUUUGUGGUGACUCUAGUGCCCGAGCUUUGAUGUGUUUGUUUCUUUAUAGGGUAGAAAGCAUCAAUUGCACAAAACAUUUGUGUACUUAGAUUGGAGUUCUACACGAGUAUUGUAUUGCAACUAUUACUUUCUAAAAUAUUAUGCACCUAUCUCGUAUCGAUUUUAUUUUUUAAUUU